AUGGCCGACCUACAGGGACGCAAGGUCUUCAAGGUCUUCAACCAGGACUUUGCUGUGGACGAGCGUUACACCGUCACCAAGGAGCUGGGACAGGGAGCUUACGGUAUCGUUUGUGCCGCCGUGAACAACCAGACAAGCGAGGGCGUUGCCAUCAAGAAGGUCACCAAUGUUUUCAGCAAGAAGAUCCUCGCCAAGCGCGCUCUGCGCGAGAUCAAGCUGCUACAGCACUUCCGAGGCCAUCGCAACAUUACCUGCCUCUAUGACAUGGACAUUCCACGGCCAGACAACUUCAACGAGACAUAUCUGUAUGAAGAGUUGAUGGAAUGCGACUUGGCCGCCAUCAUCCGCUCUGGCCAGCCCCUUACCGAUGCCCAUUUCCAGUCGUUCAUCUAUCAGAUACUGUGUGGGCUGAAGUACAUCCAUUCGGCGAACGUGUUGCACCGUGACCUGAAGCCUGGUAACCUGCUCGUCAACGCCGACUGUGAGCUCAAGAUCUGCGACUUCGGUCUUGCUCGUGGCUUCUCGGUCGACCCCGAAGAGAACGCUGGGUACAUGACUGAGUAUGUCGCUACGCGAUGGUACCGCGCCCCCGAGAUUAUGUUGAGCUUCCAGAGUUACACCAAAGCUAUUGACGUCUGGUCUGUGGGCUGCAUCCUCGCCGAGCUUCUGGGCGGCCGUCCUUUCUUCAAGGGGCGCGACUAUGUGGACCAGCUUAACCAGAUCCUUCACAUUCUCGGAACCCCGAACGAAGAGACUCUCUCGCGCAUCGGAUCAUCCCGUGCGCAAGAAUACGUGCGAAACCUGCCCUAUAUGGCCAAGAAGCCGUUCCCGACGCUGUUUCCUAACGCGAACCCCGACGCUCUCGACCUGCUUGACCACAUGCUGGCUUUCGAUCCUUCGUCCCGUAUCAGUGUUGAGCGGGCGCUGGAGCACCCGUACCUGCAAAUCUGGCACGAUGCGUCGGACGAACCUGACUGUCCCACCACCUUCAACUUCGACUUCGAGGUGAUCGACGAGGUUGGUGAUAUGCGCAAGAUGAUCUUGGAGGAGGUAUACCAGUUCCGGCAACAAGUCCGGACCGCGCCCGGCGCAGGCGGCCAGGGUGGUGCCGGACAGCAACCGGGUGCAGGUCAGGUACCAAUGCCGGCCGGCGGAAACACACAGUGGAGAGCCGAAGACCCUCGGCCUCAGGAGUACUUAAACCAAAUGGGAGGCCUGGAGGGUGAACUACAAGGCGGCCUAGAUGCCAGCAGGAGAUAG